UCGUUGUGUUGUGUGUUAAUGUUGUGGUGUUUUCAACUUUUGUUUGCUUCGCUAAUGUUGCUGUGGUGUGCACCCGUGGGCCACCGUAGUACUGAGCUGCAGUCAGCUGACUGUCUGACUCUCCCUCUCCUAACCUUAACCUUUCUCUCCUCACAGUGUUUAAAUUACCAUUGCGCCUACGUUAUCGCCCCCAUAAUUAAGUCAAAACCUUUGUACAACUGCACUGAGGAUUCGGAGGCUAUGCAUGCCAUAAGUCUAUUCGUCCAUUGCAUGUGAAGAUGUUUCAAAUUGUCAUCAAUCUGGUGAUAACAGUCCUUAACGUCGUCCCAUUACUCACUUUCACAUGCUGGGCUACGAUGACGACAUAAAACAAGAGCACUGCUGCUAUUAAUUCAGAGACUGAUGUGUUGGCAACAUACUGCUGUCCCUUCAGCAACGAGUCCCGGGGUCCAUGAGCCAGUAUCCCUGCAGAUCUCCCUGCAUCAGUGCGGCUAUUCUAUCUAGUCUCGCAACAAAAGAAUGCUGAUGAGACACUACGUUUCAAGUAGGCUACAACGUUUAACAGACCGAGUGGCUAGAAUUUUCGAUAGGUGUAAACCAAGCCCUGGGUGUUCUUCUCCGGUCAAGCUACAAACCUUGGACAAAAAGAAGUCUGUACAUUUGUUGCAGUAUCCUGUCGAUAUAAUGCGAGGAAAAACUGUUAUCGUGACCGGAGCAAACAGCGGCAUAGGAAAGGCCGUAGCCUUGGAGCUGCUAAAACUCAAAGCUCGGGUGAUCUUGGCCUGUAGGGACCCACAAAGAGCUGAAGAGGCGGCUGAGGACAUGAAGAAACAAGCCGGCCCCGAUCACGGAGAAGUGGUCAUUAAACAACUUGACCUUGCAUGCCUUAAAUCGGUACACAAUUUUUGUCAGGAGAUCAUUAAGGAUGAGGUCAAGAUUGAUGUCCUCAUCAACAAUGCAGGAGUCUACCAGUGUCCUUACACCAAGACAGAGGAGGGGUUUGAGAUGCAGCUGGGUGUCAACCACCUUGGCCACUUCUUCCUAACCCACCUUCUAUUGGAUUUCCUAAAGGGCUCUGCCCCCUGUCGCAUUGUGGUGGUCUCCUCCAAGCUUUACAAGUAUGGUCACAUCAAUUUUGACGAUCUCAACAGUGAGAAGGAGUAUAAUAAGGCUUUCUGCUACAGCCAGAGCAAGCUGGCCAACUUGCUGUUUACCCAUGAGCUCUCACGCCAGCUGGAUGGCACCGGAGUAACUGUUAAUGCCCUCACUCCUGGCAUCGUGAGGACCAGGCUGGGCCGGCACAUCCACAUACCCUUUCUGGCUAAGCCCUUUUUCUACCUGGCCUCUAUGGCGUUCUUCAAGAGCCCACUGGAGGGAGCCCAGACCCCACUUUACCUGGCCUGCUCCAGAGAAGUGAAGGGUGUGUCCGGAAAGUGCUUUGCCAACUGCCAAGAGGAGGAACUGUUGCCCAAAGCCAUAGAUGAUCAUUCAGCCAGGAGGCUGUGGGACCUGAGUGAGAGAAUGGUUGGCCUAAAGAAAUGAGAGACCUAUACUAGAUUUUACAUACUUAACUUUUCAAUGUUUACCAGUGAACUUUGAUAUCAUGGAUAUUGCUGGGAGAUUUGGGGCUUCAUUGGAACAUUAUUAGGACAUGCUGCAUGCAUAUGUGUGUGAGAGUUAAAAAAGUUUGCUUUGAACCUUAAUGUGAACCUUCACAUUAACUGUUUCAGAAUAUAUUUAACAGUUCGUGCUUUAUAUGAACAGCCAGUAUAGACAUUAAAUGAUGAACAUCAGGAAACAAAGAAACCUGGGCCUUCACAUUUGCUGGUAUAGUGUUUUCUAGGAAUUUAAACAUCUGAGUGUUUUGAUAUGUUUUGACACUUGAAAAUAAAACUGCAGAUACCGUUGCUAGUGGCUGCUUAAGCAGCUCAUCAAA